GGCGGGGCCGUCGUGUCGCCACUUCCGGUUGCCGGGUCCGCUCGGGAAAGAUGUCGGAGGCGGGCAGGCAGGAGGUGCAGGCCGUCUUCAAGCGCCUUCGCGCCGCCGCCACCAACAAGGUGUGCUUUGACUGUGGCGCUAAGAACCCAAGCUGGGCGAGCAUCACGUACGGCGUCUUCUUGUGCAUCGACUGCUCGGGCACCCACCGCUCGCUGGGCGUGCACCUCACCUUCAUCCGGUCCACGGAGCUCGAUUCAAACUGGACCUGGUUCCAGCUGCGAUGCAUGCAAGUGGGCGGCAAUGCGAACGCGGGCACGUUCUUCUGCCACCACGGCUGCACUACGACGGACACCAACGCCAAGUACAACAGCCGCGCCGCCUCGCUCUACCGCGAGAAGAUCAAGGGGCUGGCGAACAACGCGCUGCGCACACACGGCACGGACCUAUGGCUGGAUGGCACGAGCACCACGGCGGCCAUUACCUCCCCCCAGAAGAAGGAGGCGGACUUUUUUGCGGAGCACACAGAGCACACGUGGGAGAGUGAACCAGCCCCGAGCGUGCCCGCCCUCAUCUCAAACCCAGCCGGAGCUGCUCUCUCCCCCGACAAGGACGACAGUGAGCCAGAGAGGGGCCCGAGCGUGGAUCACCUGGGCACGUCCCCUAAAGCUGCGACCAUCGCUGAUUGUGAACGAUUAGGUGGCAGCGCCGCUUCGCCAAGGAAAGAAGUGAAGUCAUCGAUCGUGUGCAAAAAGAAGCCAGCUUCGGCUAAAAAGGGGAUGGGAGGGGUGCGUAAGACGGGCGGCCUCGGCGCCCAGAAAGUGAGCGGCCAGAUGUUCAACGAGUGCGAACGCCAAGCGCAGGCGACGGACCGUCAGUGCGAGCAGCAGCACCAGCAGCAGCAGCACCAGCCGGAGGACGACUCGAUCAGGGUGACGUCCAUGCGCCUCGCCUACCAGGAGCUGGAGCUGCAGCGCAAGAAGGAGGAGGUGAAGCUGCAAUCAGCCGACGGCAAGAAGCGGGCGCAGGCGGAGCGACUGGGCAUGGGGCUCGGCGCGCGCGCCGGGAUUUCUCACUCGGUGGUGGAGGAGAUGAAGACGAUCGAGCAGGAGGCGCCCUCCGUCUCGAAGGCCAAGGGGAAGUUUGACCCCUUCGACGACGCCGGCUUCACCUCGGGGCCCCCCAAGUACAGGGACAACCCGUUUGCGCUGAGCGACAGUCUGGGUGGGGCGAGCGGCGGAGGCGGCGGAGCCCGGGGCUGGGGCACGGAUGACUCCGGCGGGGAUGGAGGCUGGUCCUUCCUGGACCGCGAGGAGGUCACCGAGGUCAACCUGAGCAGCCAGAGCGGCCGCUCGAUGCGCCAGACGUCCUCGGACCGCCCGACCAGCCGGCGCAAGGCGGACACUUCGGAGGCGGCCGGCCCCGCGCCAACGUCGGACGAGGCGCAGAGGAAGUUCGCCAACGCGCGCGCCAUCUCGUCCGACAUGUUCUUCGGCCGCGACGAGAGGGCGGAGGAUGACACACGUGUCCGUCUGGAGAGCAUGCAGGGCAGCUCGGCCAUCAGCUCGGCUGACCUCUUUGGCGACAAGAAGCACGACUCCAACGCGUCGAUGGGCAGCGCGCUUCCAGUGGCUCCGGACAUGGCGCAGUUCCGCCAGGGCGUCCGCACCGUCGCCGGCAAGCUGAGCGUGCUGGCCAAUGGGGUCAUGACCUCUAUACAGGAUCGCUACGGCUCCUAAUAAAUGGGCGCAAGUUGCAAACGGAAAAGAAAAUUUCUGGACGCAGAAGGUCGUCUUAAGUCCACGGAACAGACGCUCUACCACACCCCGCCACUACUAAACUACGUCGCAUUAUACCACUGCACUGCCAAAGCACACGCCUCUACGCCACACCGCCCCGGGAGUCGUCGUGCUGUCCGGCUAGAUAUUAAAUUGGGCCUGCUGCACCUCCUUUAGUCAGCCCGCUCUCGACUAACGCGUUAGCCUCGUUAACCGGGAACACGUAUGGACACGUUAAGAAUACCAGCCACUCGCAGUGCAAUUCACAUGCUGAUUUCGUUUUCAAGACGCGCUCUGCGCAUAUUGUUAAACCGUUAACUUCACUUCGACUUUCAAGAUUACUUUGACCAGGUGAGAAUCCAAGAGACCAGGGGUAAGUCCCAUCGGCAAGAGUGACCCCGGGGUCGUCCCAGUGACGACUUUAUCCACGACCUGUCAAGCCUGCGGAGAUGUUCACUUUUGCUAUUUUCUCGGUCCUUCACAGCAAGGCCUCGGCACAUGGCGGAGGAAGUCGCGACUUUAAGUCAUGCGAUCACCGUCGGCCCUCUGUGCUUAAGAGGGGGGGGGGGGGGGGAUAUUCACAGCUGUCAAAAGAACUAAACUUCAGCAUUUGCACCGUUUUCUUUUGGAGGGAGUUGGAGACUUUGCAUGUUAACUUUACACGAAAUAAAGUAAAUUAAAAGAUUGAUAAUUCUUAGCUUUUUUGCCACCCUCCCCGAUAACACAAUGUUUUUGUUUGUUUCAGAAUGUCCGUUCUUAAUUUGGUGUACAUCGCAACUAUGUUAGUUGAGUUUAAUAAUCGAGCUCCGUGGAAUAGGAACUUUUUUUUUCUUGUACCUUCCAGAUGCUGCGUUCGGCAUUGUUCAGCGGGGGGGAGUCUCAUCCCCUGUCGGUUGUGUGUUGAAGGCCGCUUUCGUGAUAAUGGAACACAAAUGUAAUUAUGACGUGCGCCGUUUUAGCGCGGCUCGAAGGUGGCGGUGUAAAACGUUGCAUAAAUACUCUUACGCUAAUAUAUUGGCCCCGAUUACUAUUGGUCAAAAAAUGUUAGUUUUUGCAUGAUGUUGUGUUGAGAGAGAAAAGAAACAGCAAAAAAGAUUUUUUCUGCCGAAAAUAUUUUUGUCAAGUUGUGGGGGGGGGGGGCGGUCUUAUCGGGCAUUUUAAAUAUUGUAUCAGAUGAGGCGCCGGCAAUGGCGUAGCAAGUUUAAGACGUUGAAAUCAAGGCCGCAAUUUUUUGUUUGUGUCAACUUCACUCAACCUGACUCAAAGGUGUCGUGCCAACGAGACUUCACCAUCUCGCCUCAUUGAGGCCUCCGCCUUGAUUCGCAUGAUCUCGGCGGUCGCUCAAUGCGCUUUACUGCAAGACUCGAGCGCGAUGAAAGGAUUGCCGUGUCGGUCGAGAGUAGAUUUUACGCUGACAGUUUUUGUUUAAUCAAGUCGCUCUGAUUCACUGCUUGAUGCAGGCUAGAUUUGAGCAAUAGAUUCACUAAUUAAUCAAUCUACUUGUGAAUUAAGUGCUUAUUUUCAGGACCAUAGGAUGGAGUUCAUCAUCUCUACUGUUGGUCCAGAGCUGGCCAUGCAUGGGAAGCCCAAUUUGAAGUGGUAUUCCGGUCACUUAACACAACAGCCACAUCUAAUUCCACGCCGAGCAACAUCAGUGCUCGCUUUGCCACCUCUGGACGCACGAUGAUUCGUGCGAGACGUUCCAAAUUGAAAGUGUAACCUGCAUCCUUGGUAGUGCAUUUCUAACCAUGCGAACUCGCUCCACCUCGGACAUUCACUUGUUCUUCGAUGGCCUGUGUGUGAGAAAUCUAAAGUCGCUGGAGGAUAAGUUGAGUUGUAACCGAAGCCUUUUCCUGUGCAUCUGGUGGCACGCAACAACGACUUCUAAACGGUGCAUUAAGCCGCCCGGUUUCUCAAGUUCUGCUUAAUUUCGAAUGAUUGUUUUUUGUUGUUGUUUGCAUUUUCAUUUGACGACGUUUAAAAGGAACAUUGUCAACUUAAAUUACAACAGUGUGCUGCGAUAUGGAAACGCACGUUACCUGCAGUUUUUUUUUUCUCCCAACCGCAAGCUUACAGAGGGGGAGGGUGGGGGUGCAGUGGCUC